GGGAUGAAGAUCUGGAAGGUUACAGGUGCAAAUUCAAUUGUAUUGAUAAAACCAUUAAAAGUGAAGUUAUGAAUAUGAAAUUUGAUGAAUUGAAUCAAAAGAAUGAAUAUUGCAAUAUAUCUGAUGAUGAAAAGAGAGCAAUUGUUGGGAUAGACAACCAUUGGUGGAAUGAAUCAGAGAUUGAGAUCGAUCAAAUGUUGCUAACCUUGAGAAACGAUAUUAACGGUAGAAGUG